GCCGCGCCCCAGCAAUCCCAUCAUCGCAGCAGCAGCGCGCCCUGUCUCGACGAGCUCAGCAGGCAUCGAGCGGAAUCUCGCGCAGAUCAGAGCGCGUAAUUUCGUUUUUCGAGAGUUUUUCGAGGGCGAGAUGGUGAGCGCCGAUGGGAAGACGGGAGAGUACGAGUGCCAGCCGUUGCUGGAGUACAGGACGGUGACGGGAGUGGCGGGGCCGCUGGUGAUUCUGGACAAGGUGAAGGGGCCCAAGUUCCAAGAGAUCGUGAACCUGCGGCUGGGCGACGGGACGUUGCGGCGCGGGCAGGUGCUGGAGGUGGACGGCGAGCGCGCCGUGGUGCAGGUGUUCGAGGGCACGGCGGGCAUCGACAACAAGCACACGACGAUCGAGUUCACGGGCGAGGUGCUCAAGACGCCCGUCUCGCUCGACAUGCUGGGCCGCAUCUUCAACGGGUCGGGCAAGCCCAUCGACAACGGGCCGCCGAUUCUGGCCGAGGCCUUCCUCGACAUCUCGGGCGCGUCCAUCAAUCCGAGCGAGCGGACGUACCCCGAGGAGAUGAUCCAAACGGGCAUCUCGACCAUCGACGUGAUGAACUCGAUCGCGCGCGGGCAGAAGAUCCCGCUCUUCAGCGCCGCGGGGCUGCCGCACAACGAGAUCGCGGCGCAGAUCUGCCGUCAGGCCGGGCUGGUGCGCCGGCUGGAGCAGUCGCAGUCGCAGGCGCAUGGGGGCGAUCUGCUGACCGGUGAGGGCGGUGAGGACAACAACUUCGCCAUCGUGUUCGCGGCCAUGGGCGUGAACAUGGAGACGGCGCAAUUCUUCAAGCGCGACUUCGAGGAGAACGGGUCGAUGGAGCGCGUGACGCUCUUUCUCAACCUGGCCAACGACCCGACCAUCGAGCGCAUCAUCACGCCGCGCAUCGCCCUCACCACGGCCGAGUACUACGCGUACGAGUGCGGCAAGCACGUGCUCGUCAUUCUCACCGACAUGAGCUCGUACGCCGACGCGCUGCGCGAGGUGUCGGCAGCCCGCGAGGAGGUGCCCGGGCGCCGCGGGUACCCGGGAUACAUGUACACGGAUCUGGCCACCAUCUACGAGCGCGCCGGGCGUAUCGAAGGGCGCAAGGGCUCCAUCACGCAGAUCCCCAUCCUCACCAUGCCCAACGACGACAUCACGCACCCGAUCCCCGACCUCACGGGCUACAUCACCGAGGGCCAGAUCUACAUCGACCGCAAUCUGCAGAACCGGCAGAUCUACCCGCCCAUCAAUGUGCUGCCGUCGCUGUCGCGGCUCAUGAAGAGCGCCAUCGGCGAGGGCAUGACUCGCAAGGACCACUCCGACGUCUCGAACCAACUGUACGCCAACUACGCCAUCGGCAAGGACGUGCAGUCCAUGAAGGCCGUGGUCGGCGAGGAGGCGCUCUCGGCCGAGGAUCUGCUCUACUUGGAAUUCCUCGAGAAAUUCGAGCAGAAGUUCGUGUCGCAGGGCGCCUACGACACGCGCGACAUCUACCAGUCGCUCGAUCUGGCCUGGGGGCUGCUGCGCAUCUUCCCGCGCGAGCUUCUGCGCCGUAUUCCCGGCAAGACGCUCGACGCCUUUUACAGCCGAGACCAUCAGCAGGACAACUGACCGUCCCCGCCCCGAGGAAAGCUUUAGAUUUAGCUCGUAGCCUUUAGUCCGUAGAGUAGUGUAUAUUGGAGCUCGCUGUCAGUGUCAGCGAUCCUAGUCGUGGUGACCUUUGGGCUUGCAAUUUUGAUUCCCGGUUAGCUGAAGAUGAUGCUCGCUGCCGCUGCUGCUGCUGCUCUUCCUGCAGCGACGCCGAUUCAGCUCAACCCCACCCCACCCCACCUUCGUGUCUUGGCCAUUUAUUUGCCCAAUAAUACAAGUUC